AUGUGCCUCCAUGUAAGAGAUGCACAACAGGUGAUUAUUCCGUUGUUGACUGGAACUUCUGGUGAGAAAGUUUCUCCUGAUGUCCAACUGAAAACUACCUGUAAUUUCUGCCUGCUUAAACUAGCGGUGUCCUUGGUAACCACAGAGAACCAUUUUGUGCCCUCUUCCACGGGAAGUCCUGUCUGCGAUUUGUCCGAGGUGCAGGAUGCUUUGAAAGAGUCUGGAACCGGUGAAGAAGAUCCAGCAGCCCCCCUUUGGACCACAUCUGCCGAUGGGCUGGUCAAACUGAGGAUAGACCCCACCUGCUCGCAGACUCCAAUAACGGUCCACGACAUGUUCCUGGAAUCCCUUGAGAAAUACGGCUCUCUCCACGCCAUGGCCAGCCGAAAGGACGGGAAGUGGGAGAAGAUCACCUUCCUGGAGUAUUAUAACCUCUCUCGGAAAGCAGCCAAGAGCUUCCUCAAGAUCGGCCUUGAACGGUUCCACGGCGUGGCCAUACUUGGGUUCAAUUCUGCAGAGUGGUUCAUCUUGGCGGUGGGAGCCGUUUUUGCCGGUGGAAUAGUGACAGGAAUCUACACGACCAAUUCUCCAGACGCCUGCCACUACAUUGCUCACGACUGCCGCGCGAACAUCAUCGUGGUGGACACCCAGAAACAGCUGGACAAAAUAUUGCAGAUCUGGCAUCGCCUGCCGCACUUGAAAGCCGUUGUGAUGUAUAGGGAUCCCGUGGCGGAAAAACGUCCCAAUCUCUAUGCGAUGGACGAAUUCAUGGCGCUGGGAAACGAAGUUCUGGACGAAGAUCUUGAUGCGAUUAUUAGCUCCCAGAAGCCCAAUCAGUGUUGCGUACUUAUCUAUACGUCUGGAACGACCGGGAAGCCCAAAGGAGCCAUGCUGAGUCAUGAUAAUAUAACGUGGACCUCCGCGCAUGCCAGUCGAGCCGGUGACAUGCAGCCUGCCGAAAUCCAGCAGGAGACGAUCGUCAGCUACCUCCCUCUCAGCCACAUCGCAGCCCAGAUCUAUGACCUCUGGACGGGAAUCAAGUGGGGAGAGCAAGUCUACUUUGCGGAGCCUGACGCCUUGAAGGGGGGCUUGGUGGACAUCCUGAAAGAAUCCCUGCCCACGUCUCAUAUGGGAGUCCCCCGAGUGUGGGAGAAAAUCAUGGAGAAAAUCAAAGACGUCUCUUUGCAGUCAGGUUUCCUGAAGAAGAAAAUGCUCUCCUGGGCCAUGUCGGUCAGCCUGGAAAGAAACCUGAGCGGCUCUAAUAGUGAUUUAAAGCCCUUUCGAAUGAGAUUGGCGGACCGUUUGGUACUGGCCAAGAUCCGCCACGCUUUGGGAUUUUCUCAGUGCCAGAAGCAUUUCUCCGGAGCGGCUCCCCUGCCUGCGGAAGUGAUGCGCUUCUUCCUGGGCUUGAACAUUCCCUUGUACGAAGCGUAUGGGAUGAGCGAAACCACUGGUCCCCACUGCAUGUCCGGGCCGUACGUCUACCGGCGUCACAGUUGUGGCAAAGCAGUCACCGGCUGCAAAGUGAAGCUGGCGAACGAGGAUGCCGAAGGCAACGGAGAGAUCUGCUUUUGGGGGCGGACGGUCUUCAUGGGGUAUUUGAACAUGGAGGAUAAAACCAAGGAGGCCAUCGACGAAGACGGCUGGCUGCACUCCGGAGACCUCGGGAAGCUGGACAAAGAUGGCUUCCUCUACAUCACCGGAAGAAUCAAAGAGAUCCUCGUCACAGCUGGAGGGGAAAACGUGCCUCCGCUGCCGAUCGAGGAUGCCGUGAAGAAAGAGCUGCCUCUUCUGAGCAAUGCCAUGCUGAUUGGCGACCGCAAGAAGUUCUUAUCCAUGUUGCUGACUUUAAAGUGCGUCGUCGAUCCAGAGACAUCGGAACCCACCGACUGCCUGACCCAAGAGGCUCGCGAUUUCUGCAAAAAGGUCGGUAGCAAUGCCACCAAGGCCUCGGAGAUCGUGAAGGAGCGGGAUCCGGACAUGUACCGGGCCAUCCAAGAAGGCAUUGACCGCGUGAAUGCACGUGCUGUUGCCAAUGUCCAACGCAUCCAGAAAUGGGCAAUCCUGGAAAAGGAUUUUUCCAUCGCCGGUGGAGAAUUUGGGCCCACAAUGAAAUUAAGGCGACAAGCCGUGCUUGAGAAGUAUCAAGACACGAUCGAAGCCUUUUAUCGAGACUGAAGCCGGGACUGUUUCUC